AUCUCCCACUCACACUGGCCCCCAUCGAAUAUAUCUCUUUUCCAUCGCAGAACAUUUAGAAGACACACCUACGCAACCUCACUCUAAAAUGACCAAAGAAAAAGAGAUAUCCCAGAACACAUGGCUAACGCCCACAUAGCCUCUGGAGAUGGCCGCCGUGUCUUGUGCUCUUGUAUUUCCAUUUUCCUUCUCUUGGCUGGGGUCACUGCCCUGACGGUUUGGCUCGUCUACCGCCCCUACAAGCCUCAGUUCACUGUCAUGGACGCUGCCGUCUACAGUCUCAACGCUACCUCACCUUUUAUCUUCACUUCCAUGCAGUUUACUAUCGCUACCAGAAACCCCAAUAAGAGAGUCUCCAUCUUCUACGACGCGCUAACUGCCUACGUUUCCUACAGGAACCAGCCAAUAACCCCUCUGGUAAUGCUGCCACCGCUUUACCACGAGAAAAAGAGCACGGUGGUACUAUCCCCCGUGUUGGGUGACGGGGAAGUAGUGUCAGUGUCGGCAGAGCUGGUGAAUGAGCUGGCGAUGGACGAGACUUACGGAGUGGUGCCGUUGACGGUGGUAUUAAUGGGGAGGUUGAGGUGGAAGGCGGGUGCAAUAAAGACGAUCAGGUACGAGAUUUAUGUGAGAUGUGAUGUUUGGGUGGGUUUGAAGAAUGGUUCUGUAGGGGUGGUGCCCUUGCUUCGGGCUCCUCCUUGUAAAGUUGAUAUAUGAAAGCAUGAUAGAUGGAAGGCUAAUUUGCAACUUGUUAUGCUCUAAUUUGCUAUUUUCUUAACUACGUUAUGUCAUGUCUGUAGACAAGAUCGAAAGAGAGGUUCAAACAGAGAAAAUCAUGUCUUCUGUUGGUUAAAAUUAUUUUCUUACGACUUCUGGAGAAAACUGAUUGCUUCUUGUGAUGAUCUCAUGUCUUCUGUUGGUUUGUAAUUUACUUCAAAAAAACAAAAAAAUCAGGAGUGC